CUUGCAGAGGUUAUAUGAUUUGGGCGGGUGUUAUGUUAUAUUGGUAGUGUAAAAAUGGCGUCGACGGUGUGUGUGUCUAGGUGCCGACUUUUAGCUAAAUUAGAAAUAAAUCGCGGUUUGUGUUUAUCUCCAAUAUUUAGGGAUUUGUCCAAUAACAGAGAAUCAUGGUGUCGUCGAUGGCGGCCGAUGCGUCGCUCUUUGUUCACGAGCGUAUGCGUGCACGGAUCCAAAGCUACUCCCACCAAAAUCGACCACGAAUCUGACGAAGUGUCGGUGACGUACCGGCGCGGACUACCUGUGAUAACGGUGCCGCUACCGUCGCGUCGAGAGAAGUGCCGCUUCACACUCCGACCUGUCUCGCAGACCGUCGGCGACCUCCUGGAGCAGGUGAAGGCGGAAGACCGCGGCGUGGAGCGCGCGGUGGCGUUAGCGGCCGAGGACCGCGUGCGCAUCGCCGCCAGUGACACGGUGGAGGCGCUGCUGGAGAACGACUUCCGGCUGCUCAUCAACGACACCGAGUACUACGUCAAAAGCCCGGCGCAGGAACGCCUCAGCAUGGAGGAGAUCACGCGGCUGAGCGACGUGAGGAACUUAGUGAACCAGCUGUACGAGGCGCUCAAUGUUAGAGAGCACCAGGUCCGCAAGGAGCGCGAGCUGAGAGCGCAGUUAGAAAAGUUAUCCGCUGAAUUGCAGCCGCUAGAAGAGAAGCGCCUGUCACUAGAGGUGGAGACUACCCGCAAGACGUCAGCGCUGACGUGGGUGGGUCUGGGGCUCAUGGGUGUACAAUUCGGCGUGCUGGCGCGACUCACCUGGUGGGAGUACUCCUGGGACAUCAUGGAGCCGGUCACGUACUUCGUCACGUACGGCACAGCCAUGGCCGCGUACGCGUACUUCGUUCUCACUAAACAGGAAUAUAUCUUGCCUGAUGUAAAGGAUAGACAACAUCUGAUAACUCUACACAAGAAAGCGAAAAAGAUCGGUCUCGAUCUAACUCAAUACAACCAUCUAAAGGAUGAGGUAGACAAAGUCCAAAAGGAUCUCGCCAGACUGCGGGACCCGCUGCACAUCCACCUCCCGCCGCUGACCGGCAAGUCGGAAGACUCCAAGCGCUCACCCUUGACCAAAAUAAAGGACAUGCUCGAAGAAACCACCAAAAAGAUGAAAAUCACGUAAUAUAUGCUGUAACUGACGCUGCGAGGCGUUCCAUAGACUAACCUGUUGUCAAAGGUUUUCGUCGUAGAUAUGUUCAUUGAGGAAACUCAUCGAUGAGCACUGACCGACUUUUUACUUGUUGAGACGAAUAAUAUAUAUUAUUAAAUCCUACUACAAAAUAUAAGGCACCUAGCACACUAGAUUGCCACGCCACGACGAGGGCAGCAACAACCAAGUUAACUAAAGAAACCACAUGACUGGUCGUUGCGACCAAGGUACGUAUACUUUGUUAUGACAAUUCGGCGGCCCGAUCAGCCAGUAUUGAGCACGCAGAAUAACCAUGACAAUUGGCUGCUUUACGACCAGUGCUGGAUUUAGGCAACUUGAUGCCCUAAGCAAUCAUCCCCUGUGGGCCCUUAUAAUAAUUAAGUAAACAAAAUAUAAGUAGGUAAAAUAUGUAUAAUCAAUUUAAAACAUUCAUGGGCUCGUUAUAUUUUCAGAUCGUCUCUGAUACCCCCCUAUAAGGAAAGCCCUUAGCAAUUGCUUAAAUAGCUUAUAGACUAAUCCAGGACUGUUUACGAAGAGUCGUGGUUGUGCCCGGAAAUCUGGUCGCAGACAAACCGUAGCUUUUGUGACCACGGACUAGCAUUAUCCGCAUAAUGUACAAGGUCCCUUAUAUUGAAUGAGAUUUAAAAUGAAAACUCUAAUAAAUAAAUACGUCUCGUAUCUGUUAUGCUUUAUUCGUGUUAGCAAACAAGCUCAUGAAUCAGGACGUGAUUCAAUUUACUUUGUUACGACUGUUUAUGAAAACAAGUUGUGAAAUAAUGACAGGAAUGAUAUAAAUUCUUUGUUGGGACAUAUCUACGAUUGAAAACUUUGAUCUGUUGUUCAUUGAUCGGUGCAUUUUUUAUUGAUUUUUGGAUGUUGAACUGUAUUGUAACACAUGUGUGAAGUCUGCUAAUCCGCAUUGGACCAGCGUGGUGGACUAUUGGCCUAACCCCUCUCAUUCUGAGAGAAGACGCGAACUCAGCAGUGAGCCGAAUAUGGGUUGAUAAUGAUGAUGAUGAUGCUGAUAUCAAUAUGUCUGUCUUAUGAUAAUGGUGAAGGAGGAACACGCUCAAAAACUAGCUCAGCACGCUCCCUGAAAAUACCGAUAGAUAGGCAACUUAACUGCAAAACCUUCAGCACUCUUACUGCGAUAGUACAUUAUGGUUCAACAUGCCGAACUAGAUUUUUACAUACAUUUGCUGUAAUAGUUAUUAAACAAAGUUACGUGCGGAAACGGAGGUCUGUUUGAAUAUUAAAAAAAGAAACAGUUAUGACGACGACGAGAUACCGACCUACAAUAACCUUUAUUAAAAGCGACCAUUCCGAUGCUGACGACCAAGUGUCAGACUAAUUACAUAAGGACUAGUCAUCAUAUCGGCCGAUGGACGUCCCCUGCAAGACAUAGGCCUUUUGUAGGGACUUCCAUAUAUCACGAUAUUGAGCUACCCGCAUCCAACGAAUACCUGCGACUCGCUUGAUGUUGUCAGUCCACCUCGUGAGUGGUCGGCGAACACUGCGCUUUCUAAUGCGGGGUCGCCAUUCCAGCACUUUCGGACCCCAACGUCCAUCGGCUCUUCGAACUAUGUGCCCCGCCCAAUGCCACUUCAGCUUCGCAACUCGUUGAGCUAUGUCGGUGACUUUGGUUCUUCUGCGGAUCUCCUCAUUUCUGAUUCGAUCACGUAGAGAUACUCCUAACAUAGCUCGUUUCAUCGCCUGCUGUGUACUCUAAGGACUUAUAUCGCACCCAAAUUCACGAACAAAAUUGUCUUUCAUUUUCUGAGGAAAAUGAGCUUAGAUUUGGUAUACUAAACUAGAUGAUUUUGCCCGUUUUUUACACCAUUCAAUUACGCAAAAGGGUAUUUUUACCGAGCUAAUUAACCGACGAAAACGAUUACAACUAUGAAACAUCGUUUCUAUAGAGACAUUUUAUAUAAUCGCACUAGAUCGUUGAUUAUAUACUUUAAGACAAAAGUAACUUCUAGCGAGGCAGGUCCUUAUCUAAUUAAUCUGAGGACCAAGCCGAUUGACAAACGCGACAGACGACUGCGACAAUCGCGGUUGCCUGUAUAAGUUAUUAGUUUUAUCUAAAAGUUAGACGAUUGAAGUGUAUUGUAGGUCGGGAACGUUUUUAAUUACAUAUUUAAAAAUUAUAGCUAUUGUUCAUGCACAAAUUGCUUUUAGUCUUUAGUGGGUCGAAUAUUUUUUGUCAUAUUUUUCGUCAUAUUUUGCCUUUUAUUAUUUUUAUACCAAGUUUUGAUUUGAAAUGUUGAAUAACUAUUUGCAAUUUUAUAAAUUACGUACGUCGUAUGUCUUGAGAUUGAAAUACACGCAAUAAUAAAAUUGUUUUCUUUUAAAAUUAUAGUAUUUUUUUAAAAUUAUAGAAUUAUAGUAUUCUUGAAUAAUAAAGCAGUGGUAAAAAUAUCUGAAAAAGAUAUUGGCAACCGUUGUGUGUUUGUUUUGUAGUGAAAAUAUAUUUAGUUAAAUUUUAUUAUACUAAUUAUUUUAUUAAUAAUAUUAAUUGUUUGUUGGUAUUUUUGUAAACUGUGCUCAGAUAUAUUGUUUCCUAUAAAUGUUAAGGACUAACACAAAUAGUUUAACUGUGCCAACACAAAACUGAAUCACGUAGACGUAAGAAUUUACUGAAAUGCAAAGAUUGUUGACAUACCUAAAUGUAUUUUAAAUUUAAAAUAUUUUACUUUAAUUAUUAAAAUAAACAUUAGUCAUAUUUUUAGUGAACUCGCGUAUAUUUUUUGGGAAUUUAGUUAAUGGUUAUUGUUGAGAUUUUUAUCAUAAUUAUUACAAUUGAACUGAAUCGAUAUGUAAAUGAUAGAAGUAACAUCGGCGCCUUAAAAAUAACAAGUUAUGUACAAUAUUAUUUUCUUGUGACCAAAACGUCCUAAGAGCCGUGAAUGCCUACAACUCGUGCGAAUCAACUUGACAUCUGGUUCGAAUAACGUUUGUUUAUGAACUGUGGUACGUAGUGCAAAAAAGUAUUGAACUUUCUGAUUGAACUUUCGGUCUCAGCCAAGGUUCGGUGAAAUGGCUCCACUGUAGUUAUGGGUAUAAUUAUUAAUAUUAGCAAAGUAUACUUUAACAAAGUGCGUCGAUCGCUGCUUAGACAAAUCGGUUUAUUUAUUCUAGUCCUUUUAGAUUAAACUAACGUUGGUAAAAUGACCCCAUGGUUAUGUGGAAGUUUUGACUGUCAAGUUAACUCGCACGAGUUACACGUGGCGGUUACACGUUUCGCUCAACAAAGUAAGCUAGACGGCUAGCUAAGUGCGGCGAUAUCGCCGCAGUUUCAGUACCUACACAAUUGUGAUGAGUUUUGUCUUCUGUAAUACUUAGUACACGUAAAUCAUAACCAAAAUCAAUCUAAAUGAAAUUCCAAUAUACCUAAAUAAUAAAAAAAAUAUUAUGUAUUAGGCAUAUUAAAGGUGGUAGUGGACGCUUUUGGGCAUGAUUUUGUAUUGUGAUGUUGUUUCUAUCUAUUUAUAUAUGUGUUUAAACCUGACUUUACUGAAUACUUUUAAUAUUAUCGACAAAGGGACCAUCUGUCAAACACAAAAAACGUUAGAAAAUUAUAAUGGAUGGCCCUUAUUAUAACAAUUUAUGUAUUUAUUUGUAGUUAGUAAUUUCUAGUCCUAUAUAAAACUGAAAAGUAAUUUUAAUGUGUUCCUUUUUGGCUUGCCCUAAAAUAUAUAAAAAGUAAAAUGCAUGGCUUUUUCAUAAGGAGUGACUUAUUGAGUAUUAAAUUUUUUUUAUAAUUAAAUACUUUAAUCGCACAAAAUGGAGAUUGUGCUUGGAAUUUAUUUGAAUUUGUAUUAAAUAUUGUUAUUAUAUUAUUAAAUUAUGUCAUCUGUUUAUUUGAUUAAUAAAUUAUACAUCAAUU